AUGUGGGCCUUAAUUGUUAUAAUUAUCCAGUGUUUGAUCACACAAGCCAAGACAACGAACCCAAUAAAAGAAACCCAUUAUAAAGCUGUUGAUAACACGUACGUGACCACACUGCCCAUCGAUGUAGAGUUUGACCAAGUCAGUCUUUUGUCCUGCGCCUCACGUUGUUCAAGUUCCAACAAAACGUGCUACAGCUACAUCUACAACACAACUACAAGACAUUGUAGCCUAGGUUCUUGGCUAGUACCACUAAAAGCUACACAACAAAAAGUUCAAGGAAAACUUUUCUCAAGUGGGAAGUUCUGUAACACAACCAGAAACAUCACGGUCCUGUCUGAUGGUUCCAUCUCAUAUGCAGACUUCUUUUUCUGUGCAGGUGAGACCGAUCCAUGCUUAGGAGUAGACAGUAGUAACUCUCGGCCAUUGCUGACCCUAACCCCUGGACUUCAGGUCAUGUGUGACACAGUGACAGACGGUGGAGGAUGGACCAUUUUCCAAAGACGUGUUUCUGGGACUGUAGAUUUCUACAGGAACUGGGCGGAAUACAAAAAUGGGUUUGGUGAUUUUAGUUCAGGUAAUUUUUACCUGGGUAAUGAGAACAUUUAUCUCUUAACGACAACCCGUCAAACAGAACUUAGAGUGGAUAUGAUCUUCAAUGGAACAAGUUAUUUCGCAAAGUAUUCCAGCUUCUACAUUUCUAGCGAGACAGAUGGCUACACGCUACAUGUUGGUGGCUACACAGGAAAUGUAUCGGAUGAACUAGCCUACCAAAACGGUAUGAAGUUUUCAACUUUUGAUAGGGACAACGACAAGUGGAACGGUUCAUGUGCAUCCAAAUUCCACGGGGGGUGGUGGUUCAACACGUGUCGUUAUUCUUACCUAAAUGGCUUAUGGGGAGCAACAAAUUACACAAGCCUCUAUUGGCAACCAAUGAGCAAUCCCUCAUUCAGUGAGAUGAAAUUUAGAUUUCUAUAA